GCGUAAAAAUAUUACAUAUAGUUCGGAAAUAAAUACAAGUUGCUUUGGUACUAACAUCUAUUUUUUGACGGAUUUUUAUGCAAAUAAAAUAUGUAUGUUACAAUUUUAAAUACGUGAAUCAAAAAUUCAUUUUUCAUGAUGUAUUAAUUAUUUGGUCGGUGUUAUUCAAAACAAUCACGUAUCUUAACCCUGACUUUAAUGACUUUAUGAAAAGGAACAUUUAUUUAUUAAUGUCAUGUCGUUGCGUCAACUUCUGCGUGUAUUAUUGAAAAGAGCUAGUCCUGUUAUGUAUGCUACUAGCUUUACAUUUGUAAACCAACCAGAAACUAAUAAACCCACAGAAAAUGAUAAAUUACAAUUUGAACCUGUUGAUAUAAAAAAAUUAACUCCUGAAUAUAUGAUACAACAAUCAACUAUAGAUGCUGUUAACAGUGCAACUCAAUCAUUAACUGUUACAUAUACAGCCAUAAUGAAAACAAGUAAAGAAUACAAGGAAUUGUUAUGUGAAUUAAUUACCCUUUCAAGGGAAACCUUAGAGUUUAAUGUUAGUGAUUCACAUUGGGACAUGAUAGUUGAACUAAGGUCACAAGUACAAAGUAAAAAAGAAAUCUUAACUAAAUUAACAGGAUAUAUUGAAUAUGUUCAUAAAAUGGCAGUAGCUGCUUCAGAAUUAAGUUACUUGUCAGGAUUGGAUAAUUUGUCUUUCACUCUUACUCAGAGAAUAGAUGAUGCAUUAAGGAUUAUAAAGGAAGAAGUUAAUCAUAUUAUGAUACUUGAACAAGAAUAUUGUGGUGUACAAAAAGAAUGUAUACAAAAUUCCAGUAAAAUAAAUAAUGAAUCCGCAGAUAAAGAGAAACCAAAUGAAUUCAUCUAGUUUGAUGAAAUAUUUUUUGUUUACAGUUUAUAGUUUAUGUUUAAGUUUUUGUACAGUAAGUAGCAACAUGUUGAAAAUAAAUUAUAUACACAUCUUA